AUGGAUGAUAUUAAGGAUGAACUCGUGUACUGGAAAACAGCAGUGAUAUGCUAUGUACUGGGAUCAAAUCCAUCGUUGACUGUAAUUGAUGGAUAUUUCAGAAGAAUAUGGGGAGGGUUGGGGAUAGAUAAAAUUGCACAAAUAAACAGAGGAGUGUUCCUGAUUAGAUUUCACACUGUUGAAAGUAGAACUCAAGUCAUUGAAGAUGGAGUCCAGAUGUUUGAUAAAAAGCCUAUUGUAGUGAAGCCUUGGGAACCAGAUAUGGAUAAUGCCUUCACAAAAAUAGCUGGAUUGAUUGGGAAGCCAUUAAAAGCAGAUAGAGCUACUACAAACAAGGAGAGAUUAGCAUUUGCCAGAGUUCUCGUGGAAGUAUCCAUAAAUCAGCAAUACCCUAAGCAGGUUAUGUUUGAGAAUGAGGUGGGGAGAAUAGUAAAGCAAGAGGUGUAUUAUGAAUGGAAGCCAACAUUAUGUCCAAAUUGUAAAAAUUUUGGGCAUGAGUUACAAGACUGCAGGAAACUACAUAGAGAAGAAGCAGAAACUAGAAGAAAACAGCUGGAACAGGAGGAGAAAACUACAGAAGGCCCUAUUCAGAACAAGGAGAACACAAGUGAUGAAGGCAAAACUAAAGAGGAAGUGUCAGAGAAAGCAACAGAAGGCCCUACUCAGAAUAAGGAGAACAAAAGAGAUGAAAACAAAGCAAAAGGAAAAGUGGUAGAGAAACAGCAGAACAACCCCAUGGCUAUAGCAACAAGGAAUGCAUUUGAGGUGCUCAACAAAGGUGGAGACAUAGAGGAAAUGAGGCAGAAUAAAGCUAGUUCUUCUAACCCUAAGGGAGAACCAGUGGUGAAGGGGCCAGGACAUGGGAGGGGUGGGGAAAGACCCCUGCCCAAUGGAUAA